AGAACAUGUAGUUUCACAAGGCUGCCACGUCCUACAGCGGUCAGCGGCUAUUCAAACUUCAAGAUGGCGGACAUGGAUCACUUAGACGCCACCGAAGAUGUGGCGUUGAAUUUUGGAGACGAGGAUGAAAUUUUAAAUAGGAAAAAGAAAUUCAGAAAACCCGUCGUUACCGUCUUCCAUCUUCUUUUCCGAGUGGCAGCAAUCAUUGCUUACCUUCUGUGUGGUUGGUUCAGUGAUAGUUUCAUAACAAACUUUGUUGUCAUAGUUCUGCUUUUAUCAUUUGACUUCUGGACUGUCAAGAACGUCACAGGACGGUUAUUAGUGGGACUUAGAUGGUGGAACUAUGUAGAUGAAGAUGGAAACAGCCAUUGGGUGUUUGAGUCAAGAAAGAGUGAUAAGCAGGUGACUACAGCUGAAUCGCGUGUCUUCUGGCUUGGUUUGGUAAUUUGUCCCCUCAUUUGGACAUUCUUUCUAGUGGCUGCACUGUUUUCACUGAAAUUUAAGUGGCUGCUGGUUGUUGCAGUAGGCCUUUCUUUAAAUGUUGCAAACCUGAUUGGUUAAGUGCGCUGUAAGAAAGACGCUGGAAAGAAGAUCAAGAGUUUUGCAGGAAAUUUCUUGGGAAGACAGCUGCUCAACCAGCAGGUACAGGUAAACCCUCCUCCUCGUAAUCAACUUCCUGGAAGAUUUCUCAUACAAAAUCGUUCUAGUCCUGUUCCUCGACUCUUGCCAUGGGGGCAGCAGACACCCAGUAGCAGCCGAGAAGUUCCAGUUAUGUAGUUUAUAAUACUCAUUCUAGCAAGAGCAGGAGGAGAGGUGGGGGGGAAUAAACUGACAUAUGAAAACUGUAGGAUGUACAGUUGAAAAUUUUUUUUCAAUCAGGAAUUUGAAGAAGACAUAUCUGGUAUGGGUCACUUGUUUUUGACCCUUCAAAUAUAACGUAACUAAACUGCCAACAGAUUCAAUCCAGCAUGAUUUCAAUGACAAUAUCAAUUACUGUAGCUUACAUCCCUGGGGCUUCUUUUUUAAAUCAACUUGUGAUUUCUUCACUUGUAGAUCUCUAAUUUUCUUGUCAAUUGAAAAUAUCGGAAGUUCAAGAGAAGAAGCUUCCCAACAAUUUCUUAACUCCUGAACCUACAUUGUAGAUAUACAGUUAUACAUCCCGGUUAAUCCUAAGCUACUGUUAAGAAAUGUUUUAAAAAGUUCUCUAAAUAAAGUUUUGGAAUACAUUUACUUGUCAUGGGUAUCGAUAGAUGUAAUUAUUUGUUAGGUAUUUUAGGGAAAAUCAAGUAGGAUCAAGAAUCAAAUGUUUGCUAGUAAACAGUCUAUUUAUAGACAUUUACUCACAAAUUUAUUGGUCAAUCCUCUUGAUAGAAUCUAUUUUUAUUAGUUUAUCAAAGACUGAGUAGAAAUGCAAAUUUCAUUGAAAGUUCUUUCUGUUUGGUCUUCGAUAUUAAACUUUAAAAAAAAAAAAAAAAAAAAAAAAUAAAAACACCUCAAUACUGAGAUUUAAUUUUCUCAAAAAAUAAAAGGAUAUUAAAAGUUACUGGUCUUUUCCCCCACUGAAAACAGAUUGAUUACUUAAUUAAAAAAAGCAUAGUUUUCACUUGGAUCAAAAAAAGUGUUAGAAGAGGUGAGAUUGACGUUAUCCUUUUAGAAAGUGUCCUUGUUUCUAUUUAUUGUAUAUUACAGCUUUAGAUGAGUUAAAAGGAGUUAUUGAAUCUUUCAGUUUGAGUGUCUAAAGUAAUCCAGAAAUGUAUUACUAUGUUCUUGUCUGAAAAACUGUUACGUUCAUGUUAGAAACGUUCCCGAUAGUUCAAAUAUUAUUAAAAGAAAUGAUUAGAUACUCA